AUGGCGUUCUUGUACUUGACCUCGACCGCUUAUCCGUUGGCCGCCUUUAGGACGGGCUACCUCGUUGAUUUAUUCUACCCGAAAGACCCCAUCUCUCUGUUCUCGAACUUGAUAGCUUCACUCCGUGCUAGCCCAUUUACAAGUUCUCUCUUUUCAACCGUGCUCCAUGUCUACGAGCCAGCUUCAGAGCAGUCCUUUUUCGUCAACUCCACCCUCCUUGCUCAACGCAUUGAAGAGUUGGACAAAUUUCCUAUCUUCGUCCGCCUUGGCUCUCCUAUCGAGGUGUUUCAGCAAAUCCCAGAUCGACUCGACCAUGUGCUCGACUCCCUCCGCGCACUGCUACAUCCUUCGAACGCCGGAAUACCGCUGUCCUACACCUUACCAGCCGAUAUCCCGACGGAUGUAGCCGUCGCCCUUGCAGGAGUUUUGCUCGACUACGCGGUUGCGUACAUGCCUGUUCCCUCCCAAGAACAUGUCCUUUCUGGCGUCCCCCUCGACUUCUAUGAAUCCACCUUGACUUGGCCACAGGGUGAAGGGCGAGAACAUCCCUGGUUUAUCAUGAAGUUCUCCUGCCCUGCUCACUUGACCGAAGACUACCCUGCAUUGACACCCACAAAAAUCAUGAUUUGCAUCCAAAUGAUGUUCCAAAAUCGCCUCAGUGUCCUGGGCGAUCGAACCGUCCAGGUCAAUGUCGAACAUACGACAAAAACGCUCGCUCAUGUCGCAUUCUAA